GAUAGUGACACGACAACACUCGCUUCUUUCAUUAUAAUAUUAACGUUUCCCAACAACAUACGUCAAUGGGGGUAGCGGGAGAGGGAGAGAUAGCCAAACACGCAGCAAACAUCAACCAGCCAACUACAGGCCUAGACCAUGUACACCUCCCCAGCAACCACACUACCGCUGCUCCUCCCGCUCACUUCAGCUGAGCCAUAUACAACCCACACACAAGUGGCAAGACAGAACCAACGGAGAGAAAGACACAACGACACCCCCCUUAUAUCAUUCCGUCUUGCCAUACUACGCCAAUGCGAGAAAAAAAGCAAAACAGACAGACAAACAAGGUAUCAUCAAAAUCAGGAGAUCAGACGAUGGAGGCCAGCAACCGACCGAGGGGCGGGUGGGGAGGAGACAGAUUUGGUUGGACACAGACCAAUACAAAAAAGGAGAAUAUUGAUAAAACAAUAUGAAAAGAGGGUAAAGAAGGAAAAGAGGUUGGUGUUUUAUAUACACUAGAUCCCUCGGGAUCGGGAGGGUACAUUGACAUGUGGAUUGAUGGAUGAUGAUGGUGAUGACGGCGAUGAUGAGGAGGAAGUGGUUGACGCACUUAGGAUGGGGAGGUUUGGCGUCGGGUAUCUGUAGCGACUGAAUGCGGAAAGCACAAGGCCUCCUUUGAUGUGGUUGGGUUGAAUAAUGUUUUGUGUCUCCGGAAAAAAAUGAAAGA